UAAGCUUUAGGUUAAGUGCACUACUCGACCAAGGCUAGACUUCAUUCCCUCUAUCACUUCUAAUUUUAAUUAUUUUCUUAAAUGGAGUUGGAGAGCAUAGUGGCAUACCUAAGCAAUAAGACCAUUUUGAUAACUGGAGCCACUGGUUUCCUUGGAAUGGUACUCGUAGAGAAAAUUUUGAGGGUUCAACCCGACGUCAAGAGGCUUUAUCUUCUUGUAAGAGCAACUGAUGCUGAAUCUGCUGCAUAUCGAAUGAAGAAUGAGAUCUUAGGGAAGGAGUUGUUCAAGGUUCUGAAAGAAACAUGGGGUGAAGAUUUUGACUCCUUUAUAUCUCAAAAAGUCGUUGUUAUACCAGGAGACGUAAGUUUUGAAAACCUGGGAGUGAAGGAUGUCAUAAUAAUGGAAAAUAUGUGCACUGAGAUACAAAUCAUAGUGAGUUCUGCAGCAAAUACCAAGUUUGACGAGAGAUAUGAUAUAUCCUUGAGCAUCAAUACAUUUGGAGUUCUGCACAUGUUGAGCUUUGCAAACAAAUGCUUAAAACUAGAGAUGCUUCUCCACAUAUCAACCGCAUAUGUGUGUGGUGAAAAGGUCGGGCUCAUACUAGAAGACUCAACUUCAAUUAAUAAAAGGGUCAAGGAGAUGCCUAGAUUUGAUUUCGAAGUAGUAGAAAAGAACCUAGUGAAUGAAAAAUUGAAUGAACUGAGAACACAAGAUGCUUCAGAAGACGUUAUUACAAAUACAAUGAAGGAUCUCGGCAUUGAAAGGGCUAAACUACAUGGAUGGCCAAACACCUAUGUAUUUACAAAGGCAAUGGGAGAAGUACUCUUAAGUCAUCACUCUAAAAACAAUCUGCCUUUUGUCAUUGUACGUCCACCUAUAGUUUCCAGCACAUACAGUGAACCAUUUCCAGGUUGGGUUCAAGGUUACAGAACUGUUGAUAGCGUAAUUGCUGGUUAUUGUAAAGGAAAGCUGACAUGCCUACUUCUUGGUCCUAUGACAGUAAUGGAUAUGAUUCCUGUGGAUAUGGUGGUAAAUUCAAUGAUAGCAGCGAUUGUGGUGAAUGCAAAUAAAUCAUCCGGCAUCAUUUACCAUGUGGGAAGCUCACUAAGAAAUCCAAUAAAAUUCGAUGAUAUUCGUAGUUUUGUGGUGAAAUACUUUACCAAAUAUCCAUGGAUUAACAAGGAUGAAAAACCUGUCGUAGUGAGGAAGGUCCCAAUAUUCAAGACCAUGGCUACUUUUCGUAUGUACAUUAAAAUUCGCUACUCACUUCCUUUGAAGGGAUUAAAGUUGGUGAACAAAGUAUCUGGCCAAUGUUUCCAAAAUAUAUAUGUCAAGUAUAACCAGAAACUCAGAUUGGUGAUGCGCAUGGUGGAGCUAUACCGUCCUUAUAUGCUAUUCAAGGGCAUUUUUGACGACACCAACACAGAGGAGUUGCGAAAGAUAACAAGAGAAGGUUACAUAGAAGUAGAAGACUUUAAUUUUGAUCCAACAUGCAUUGAUUGGGAAGACUACAUUAUGAACACUCACAUUCCAGGAUUCCUGAAACAUGUUCUGAACAAAUGAUGGAUUUGCAUUGGGAUGCAAUGAUUUAUAUGUAUGUGUGCAUGUAUCUCUGUGUGCGCGCGUCGCAAACUUGUAUACUUAUGUGUUGGAUUUGCAUUAUUAUUGUCUAACUACCUAGAUUGCGAAUAAUUGUAUUAGUCGUCCAUAGCUGCUAUCAAAUAAAAAGAAAAUGCACCUCCUUCGGUCAUUCAGUUUAA